GCUGUUGGAAAACCGCCUUUCUCAUGGAUUGUAUCUCCCAAACUGGCCAUAUAGUGCCGCAUUGGGUUACAAUGAAAAAUUGUCAAUUUUAGUAAAUUAAUUGGCGAUAUAUGUGCUUGAAAUGAUAGAUUGGAAUGUAAAUUGUUUUUUUUUUUUCACAGUGAAAAAUGACAAACGGUUAUUAUGCAGAUAGAUCUACCUUAUCAUUUGAUAUUUCUUCAACAGUAAUGAAUCUUCAAAUUGAUGUCUCGCGAAAGCGAUACCCAUUUUGUAUUGUUUGGACACCCAUACCAAUUCUCACGUAUUUUCUCCCAGUCAUUGGACACAUGGGUAUUGCAACAUCCAUCGGGAUCAUCCGAGAUUUUGAUGGCCCUUACCAUGUUUCUGAAGAUCAUAUGGCUUUUGGUUGCCCAACAAAAUAUUGGCAAUUGAAUCAUGUAUUAGCAAAAGGUGGUGCGAUAGGAUGGGAUAGUGCUGUGACAGAAGCUAGCGAUAUUUAUAAAACCCGAAUGCAUAAUUUAUGCUGCGAUAACUGUCAUUCUCAUGUUGCGACUGCCUUAAACUUGAUGGCAUAUAAAAAUUCAAGCAAUUGGAAUAUGGUUAAAUUGGCAUUGCUCAUGCUUAUCUAUGGCAGAUAUGUCAGCUGGCCAGGAUUCUUGAAAACAUGGUUGCCGUUCUUCACUAUUAUCGCAAUUAUUCUCAUCUAUUGUCUAGCCAUAUGAAUUAAAAAUCAAUCACGACUA